UGAACCUGUCAGCAACCACUGACCAGCACCAGCACCUUCACUCCAAAAGCCUUUCCAUUUCUGCUCUCCAAAAUUUCCUCCUCCAACUGGCAUGUGCCCCUGACACAGGACGACGACAACGAACAAUACAGCUUUUUGCUUCUACUUCACCUUCCUGCACCUGUCUCUUUCAUCUCUCGUUUUGUUUGUCGCCGACUUUCUUUCCAAAGAAUAGGCUGCACCGCCGACUCAAUUGCGGCUGACGUAUUCCUUCGCUGCUCGCAACCGGUAGAAAAGCAUCUCUAAUCUCGAGCCGAAAAUACCAACCCAUCUUUCCCUCCCACCUCCCGCCUCCUGCAUAACGACGAAACGAAACAAUUCUCGCCGCCUCCUUUUCUUUCUGCCCGCCAAAUUUUUCAGCCUCAACCCGUAUCAACACAGCAUCAUCGUCCGCGACAAGUAGAAGCUUUUAGGCAUCAUGCCGGGCUUCGAAGAUUCCUUUUGGUCAAGCGACUAUGCUGCAGGACUCGGCGUCCUCUUCAGCAAGUUGCAGCAAGGCGUGCAAGAAAACCGACAAGUUCUGACCGUCGCUCGAAUGCGUGCCGAAGCCGAGGAGAUUUACAGUCAGCGAUUAGGAGAUAUUGCACCCAACGCAGACAAAGUCCAGGGCGGCUUCUCAAAAGACGAUGGUGCCAGCGUCCGCAAGGCCUUCGAUGGUGUUCGGACCGAGAUGGAAGAGGGCGCCAAAAACCACAAGAAGAUUGCUCAGAAUAUUCGAGACCUGGUUGUUAACCCGUUCUCACGCUGGUGCGAUGCCCACGAGUCGCGCAUUCAGGACUCUCAGGAUGAGCUGCAAGCUCGUAUCAAGGCACACGACAGACAGGCCGAGUUGGUCAAGAAGCUGAGAAGCACCUACUUCAACAAGUGUCGACUGGUUGAGGAUAUCGAGGAGGAGACCAAGCUGGCCUUCCAGGACCCCGAGAACAGCCCGAAGAACCCCAUUCCCGAGAUCAAGGUCUCCGAAAAUAAGGAGCCCGAGCUUCACCCCCAAGAAGACGACGACGAACCUAUCGAGAUCGGCGACGAGAUCUACCAACCCGAGCAAGUCAAGAAAAUUUUGGCGCACAUGCUGAACACCAUCAAGCUUGGGGAGACCAAGGUGCCCAUUCUCGGAACCUACCAGAACACAUCGGCAGGCUCAGACAUUGUCGAGUACCUGCAGAGGCACAUGAACACGACGAGCGUUAGCUAUGCCGAGAGAAUCGGACAGGAUCUUAUCUCCAACGGAUACUUGAGAUUGAUUGGCAACGUCGGCAGCACUUUCGCCAAUAGUUCCAAGAUGUUCUAUCAAUGGCGUCCCAAGGCUUUCAAGCUGUCCGGUAUCCCCGAUAAGAAGUCGCCUCUUGGUCGCACGUUUUCCCUUCCUGCAUCUGAGACGUCGGAUUCCCCUGUGGUCGGAUCCGUCAGCGAAUACCUCGCCAACUGGAACGUUCUCAACAACCAACACCCCAACGAGACCCCGCCGGAGCGAUUGCGCCGCGAGGCUAGGGAAGCCGACGACAAGUACAAGGGUGGCGUGCGCAAGUUGGACGAGAUGCGCUGCGAUCUGGAGGAAACCAUCUUCAUUCACCUCCGCUUCCUGGAGCGCUGCGAGCUGGACCGUCUCAAGGCUAUCAAGACUGUUAUCCUGGACUUUUCUGGCACCAUCAGCAACGUCAUUCCCAGCAUGCAAUCUGCUGUGGAUCAUAUGAUGCUUUUCCAGGAGACAGUUCAACCUCUAGGGGACCUCAGAUACCUACUGGAGAGCUACCGGACCGGUAGCUUCAUUCCCAAGGUGGUGGUCUACGAGAACUACUACAACAAGGUCGACGAGCAGACAUUUGGAGUGGAUCUUGAGGCAAGAGCGCGCGCGGAUAAGAAGCGAGUGCCUAUCAUCGUCACCACCAUUCUGACCUACCUCGACAACCACUACCCUGACCUCGAAGGUGACGAGGCGAGACGGAAUGUGUGGCUGGUUGAUGUACCACUCCAGCAGAUCCACAAGCUCCGUGGCAAGCUGAACGAUGGCAAGCCCGUUGCGGCCGGAGUUUUUGAUGAGUUCGAUAUUCCAACCGUUGCGGCUCUGCUCAAGCUGUACCUCCUUGAAUUGCCUGAUUCCCUCGUUUCUUCUCAUGUUUAUGAGAUUGUCAGAACCAUUUACCAGACCCAAACCCAGGAAGACGACUCUGCCCGCGUACCUGUGCUGCAACAGACGCUGUCGCAAAUGCGUCUUACUAAUAUCGCAACACUCGACGCCUGCAUGAAUCACUUCACCCGCCUAAUCGACCUUACCUCGGCUGAUGAGACUUACAUCGCGACUUUGGCCACGAGCAUUGCGCCCUGUAUCCUGCGUCCCCGCACGGAAACCUCCCUGACUAUGGAAGAGAAGCACGCUUACAGACUCGUCCGUGACCUCUUCGCCAACAAAGACGCCAUCUUCAGCGAACUCAAGCGUAUGUCUACCGCAGGCCAUGGCGGAUCGAUUAGAGACAACAAUCGCCCCCGUGCAAUCAGCACCGACGAGAGCAACCGGAGAGCCAACAUGGAAGAGCGGAAUAGAGCUCUGCUUGAGAAGGCCGCCGGCAGCCGCGGCCGUGCAACAAGCCCUGCUCCCAGCCCUCGUGGUCACAGGCGCGACCGCAGCACAGGUGGCCCCGAGACUCGCUUCCCCAUCCAGACGAGCCCACCUGCAUCGGCAGUCGACCGUCACCGUUCUAGCUUGGGUAGCGUUGUUGGCGCCAAGAGAUCUAGUCUCGAGGUUCCCGGCAGCGAAACCAGCUCGCCAAAGGAGACGACAACCAACGGCUCGGCGGCGGCGCCUGCGCCUGCAGCGGAGGGAGUCGCGGCUCGAAUCAAGGCUCUCGAAUCGCCCGUUGAGAAGCGCAACAGCUUGGGACGCAGCAGUGUCCGAUACUCGCUGGACCGACACGUGGCAGCCGCACCUAGCGCAGGAACGGACAGCGGUUCAUCAACUCCUCGUGAUUCUCUCACCGCGCCUCGCGGAGUGACACUCGAGGAUAAGCCCAUGGAUGACUGAAGCGAGCGUGUUUAAGCCGUGCCUCUUUGUUCUUUAUGGCCUUGAGACUUUCCUUUUUUUUUUCUUUUCUUAAUGUCUAUUUUCUUCAAACCAAACUACACCCCUUUUUUGUGUGACGUGUGGACGGACGCUGGAAGGACUAUGUACGACGGACGGCGGGUUUACAGGGCAACAAAAA